GGAACGGAUAAGUUGGCUAUCGAUAAGUAGUUCAGUUAUUUGUCAACGGUUAAGGGCACUCGGUCACAUUAAAUACUAAAUGUAUGCAUUUUAUAGUUAUUGUAAUUGGUCACAUCGAUUUACCUAAAAUUAAGGUACUUUGCGCGCCAGAUCAGUUCGUUUGACGAUACCAAUAGUGAGGGAAGAGAAACUGCGAAUAAAACUAUCUUCAUUUGCGUAAGCCAAUGAGCGUUUAAGGCAUUUCCUGGGUAUUGUCGGCGGCUCGACAUUUCUUUUAUUCGCACUCUUUAUUUGCAACAUGCCGGCGCUGAGGCGAAGCCCCAGACUAGAUCAGUCCAAAGAGCCCACGACGAGUGUGGCUAGUGAUAUACAGCAGCCUCAAAGUUCCAAGGAAAGUGGAUUACUCGGUCAGAAUCUGAGUGGUACUCCGCAGCCUGCCAAAGCAGGGCAGACUACAAAUUCCACAACUGUAGAGGUGGCGAACCUACUGGAAAGAAUCGCAACCUUAGAAAGGGAACUAUCCAAGGCCAAGGCAAAUGAAGGGCAAGUAGAGACCGCAAGAAAUCCCGUUGGAAUCGGGUUGAGCGGUAACGGUAACGGUAACGGUGCGGCGAAUACACCGCUAAGUAUGAGUGAAACGUCGUCAGCUAUGAGUGGAGCGACGACGCAGAUGUUGAGUGAAAAUUUGCAACGGGAACAAUUUGUGACGCCAUCUUUGAAUGAACCGUUGCUCGCACAAUUGAGUGCAAAUUUGCUCGCACAGUUGAGUGCAAAUUUGCAGCCACAAUUGAGUGGAACUAGUGGGCAACAAGUCACACGAAAUAAUAACUGUACAACAGUGAGCCUAUCUCCGCCUUGCUACGUUACGGCCACGGUGCAGCCAGAACUAGGGUAUGUUGAUGCACUACGGGAGCCACAACGCAACUUAGUGGUUACUGCGCCUGGGUCCUACGGGACAGCACCGGCAAGUAUACCAAAUGUAUGGACGCCACGUAGAUUACCGGAUCUUCCAGAGUUCGAAGGCCAGCCCGAGGAAUGGCCAAUAUUCGAGUGCGCGUUUACGGAGACGACGGAGGCAUAUCAAUGUACAGCCUUGGAGAAUAAUCAAAGGCUAGUGAAGGCUUUGAAGGGUGAGGCACGAGCGGCAGUAAAGGCGCUGCUCAUCCACCCCAACAAUGUGCAAGAAGUUAUGGAGCAGCUUCGAUUUCGAUAUGGACGCCCGGAGCAACUGAUUCGAAGUCAACUGGAGAGCGUGCGAGAUGUGCUGCCAAUAUCAGAACCGAACAUUGCCAGAAUUGUGCCGUUUGCCACAAAGGUGAGCAACCUCGCCGCGUUUUUGAAGUCAACAAAGAACGGCAUUCAGCAUUUAGGAAAUCCUACCCUAAUGGAGGAGCUGAUAGCUAAGUUGCCUAUAAGCAAGAGGUUGGACUGGGCGAAGCAUGCAGCUACGAUUGAACCAUAUCCAACAGUGGUGCAUUUUAGCGAAUGGCUACACGAGCUCGCUAGAUUGAUAUGCAUUGUCACGGAUGCUGCAAGUAAAGAUCCGAAGCGAAGGCUAUUGCACGCAAGCACAAGUCGUCUGGAUGGAAAGGAUACUAACUCUCACAAAUGUUGUCCAAUAUGUGAGGGGCAGCAUGGGAUCAAGGACUGCGAGGAAUUUCAUCAUGCACUUCCGACAGCGAGAAUCGAGUUAGCAAGGAAGCAUAGGAUCUGCUUCGCGUGCUUGGAGAGUGGACACAUGGCCCGGUUCUGCAAGAAGGGCACCAAAUGCAGUGUCAACGGGUGCCAAAGAAGGCAUCACUACCUGCUCCACGAUAGAAUCGGGAAUUCCAGGCUACCCCAGUCGAACGGCGGCCGCUUCAAGGAGCAUACGAGCACUCGAGAUCAGGAGCUGCAAAGGGACACCAGCCAUCGCCGACGUAAUCCCUUUACGUCAACGACUGCAACGCCAAAAGCAGGACAAGCCGAGGAUGGCCAGGAAUCGCCACACCGAAACCUUAGCUGCGUUGACCCGGAUGGAGAUCACCUGCUAUUCCGGAUUUUGCCCGUGACGUUGUACGGGAGGAAUAAGCAAGUGGACACAUACGCGCUGCUCGAUGAGGGAUCGUCCGUAACGCUUAUUGACGACGACAUUAUCCAGAGCCUGAACCUAAAGGGAGAGAGUCGACAGCUCAACGUGCAGUGGUUUGGUGGCAAAUCCGCCAGAGAGCACACUACGGUAGUUAGCCUGCAGAUAAGUGGCACGGGCAAAUCCAUGCGCCAUGACCUACGAAAUGUGUUCGCUGUAUCGAAUCUAAAUCUUCCGAUGCAAAGCUUGCGUCGGGAGGAUGUUAAGGCAAGAAAGGAAAAUGCACGCCUACCCGUUAAACCAUACUUCGAUGCAACGCCAAGGAUAUUGAUCGGCUUAGAUCACGCUCAUUUGGGUAUUCCACUGAGGACCAGAAGCUUUGGAGCAGGAGGACCAUUUGCAGCCGCCACCAAACUUGGAUGGGUGGUGUACGGACCGGUAAAAGGGAGUGCAAGUCCACCGGUAUCGAGAUCAUGCCUUUUAGCCGUGUCACACGAUAAUCUUCUAGAGAAGAUGGUCAGCGAUUACUUCGAAACUGAGAAUUUUGGAGUAAAGCCCGCACCGCCGGUCGCAGCUGGUGACGAUGUGCGAGCCUUAAGCAUUUUGGAGGACACGACGAAACGUGUAGGCCGACGAUUCCAGACUGGUCUGCUAUGGAAAGACGACGAGGUGAGACUGCCAGACAGCUACAACAUGGCACUCAAGAGACUCGUCAGCAUUGAACGGAAAAUGAAGCGCGACGAGGUCUUCGCGCGGGCAUACAAGGGAAUUAUGGAUGAUUACAUCAAGAAGGGAUAUGCACGACGACUAGAGCCGCAGGGGAUAACCCACACCAACGGCAAGGUAUGGUACCUUCCGCAUUUCGGGGUCGAGAACCCAAACAAGCCGGGAAAAAUCCGUCUAGUAUUCGAUGCCGCAGCCAAAGUGAACGAUAUAUCACUGAACUCGGCGCUGAUGAAAGGCCCUCAGCGCUACAAAUCCCUACCAGCAGUGCUCUUCCACUUCCGGGAAGGAGCAGUUGGAGUAUGUGCAGACAUUAAGGAGAUGUUUCACCAAGUGCUGAUACAGCCACAGGACAGAUGUGCCCAGCGAUUCUUGUGGAGAAAUGGAGAGGAUCGCUUGCUCUCCUUGUGCAGCGGACUAUGUGAAGCUCGUCAACGCUUCGCAAUAUAGUAGUACGGAUCCGCGAGCGGUUCUGGCGAUAAAGGAGUACCACUAUGUGGACGACUAUGUGGACAGUUUCAUGAGCAAGGACGAUGCUGUCGCCGUUUC